GCCGGCGAGCUCCUAAUAUCUGACCACGUUGAUCCUCCUCUUCCUUCUUUCUCCUCCUUCUCUGGAUCUUUUUGGUCCCCUUUGACGCUUGUUCAAAGUUGUGUUUGUGCCUCUGUCCGCUACCCACUUUCGCAUCAUCUUGCGUGUUCGUCCUACCACCGCAGCUCACCGGUCUUUGAUUCACGACUCGAUACCAACACAGCAAUCGCGAUUGCUAUUUGCCUUUAAGAUCAGAGAUCCUGUACUACUUUGUAUGAGGGUUUCCAUUACCAAACAUGUCUACUGAAAGCACCACCAGCGAUGCUGUCCUCAAGGAGAUUCUCGAUGGGCUCAAGGCGCUCCGCUCGGAGAACUCCGUACUGGCAGCUUCAGUCGACAAGAUCAACGGCCGUGUCAACAUGCUGGCAGGCAUCAAGCAAAUCAAGGACGAGGCAGCAAGUGAAGCUGCCAAUGGCAAGCUGGACGGCGAGAAGGCGAAGGAAGUUGAGCCAGAGAAGUCCGUAGAAGCUGUUAGCGAGCAGUAUGAGCAGCCACCUUCAAAUGCUGAUGCCCAACCACGUCGCACGAGUGUAUCCAAGAUCUCAAAGAUCAUCUUGACUUCGUAUCCCGGCCAAGCCGGCGUCGAUCCGUUGCCAAUGCAAUGGGGUGCCAAGGACCCUGCUGUUCGUGGCCCUGUCGUUGUGUCAAGGCAUGCGAACACUAUCCGAAGACGUAACGCUAUCGGUGCUCAUGGCGGCUCAUACUCCAUCUACAAUGCUCUAGCCGUUGCCAGCAAGAACCUCGACAUCACACACAAGCCAGACUUCACUAACACCGAACCUGCUGCAAAGAUUGGUCCUUUCCCGCAGUGGAGCGAUCCAAAGAAGAUCGUGGCCAUGGAUCCAUACGGCCAUCUCGCACCCUGGCUGUACAAGGAAACCAUGGACAAGGAUGAUGUUGAGAUCAGACCUACCAUCGCCAUCACCAGAGCACACAUGAAAGUGCCAGAACUUGAGGAGAGUGUAAGGAAAGGCAGGCUCGUUCCCGAUGGCAAGAUUUGCGUCAACGAGACUGGUGAGGUUGCCGUCACCAAGGUCGCAGUCGAGCCUGUAUGGUACCUGCCUGGUGUUGCCGAGCGCUUCAACAUUGACGAGGGAACUUUGCGCCGGACACUAUUCGAAGAGACUGGUGGCUCCUACCCAGAACUCAUCACCCGCCAUGACAUCAAGCUCUUCCUCCCUCCCAUUGGCGGUCUAACAGUCUACAUCUUCGGUGACCCAGCGAAGAUGUCCGACCCCAGCGCGAAGCUUGCUCUCCGUAUCCACGACGAAUGCAAUGGAAGUGACGUUUUUGGAUCUGACAUUUGCACAUGCCGUCCCUACCUUACUUUCGGUAUCGAAGAAGCAGUCAAAGAGGCUCAGAAGGGUGGCAGCGGUGUUGUCAUCUACUUCCGCAAGGAAGGCCGUGCUCUGGGUGAGGUCACGAAAUACCUCGUCUACAACGCCAGAAAGCGAGGCGAAGACCGUGCCAGCGAGUACUUCAAGCGCACUGAGAACAUUGCCGGUGUCAAGGAUAUGCGCUUCCAGGCUCUGAUGCCAGAUAUCCUACAUUGGCUGGGCAUCACCAAGAUCGACAGGAUGCUCAGCAUGUCCAACAUGAAGCAUGAUGCUAUUGUCGAUCAAGGCAUUCCUAUCCAUGAGCGUGUACCCAUUCCCGACGACAUGAUCCCGGCUGAUAGUCGUGUUGAGAUCGAUGCUAAGAUUCAAGCUGGUUAUUUCACCACUGGUCAUGUCAUGUCGAUGGACGAAUUGGCAAACGUAAAGGGUCGUGGUUGGGAUGACGUCGACCAUUGAAGGGCUUAGAUGAUGUGAAGGAGGUGACAUGCUGCAGGAGUAAGCCACCACCAACGGUACAGCACGAAUUGCUUGAGUCGACAUGUGAUGAUAGUAGAAAUAGAGAACUGCACUGUCAAAACACAAUACCUCAUACCACUCAGACUACUUCACUUUUGAUCGCACU